GAGGAGCAGCAGCAGCUGAUUGAUGACCAUUUGCUGUUUGACAAGCCAGUGUCCCCUCUGCUGCUGGCAUCGGGGAUGGCACGUGACUGGCCCGAUGGCAGAGGCAUGUGGCACAAUGAAGAUAAGUCAUUCUUAGUGUGGGUGAAUGAGGAAGAUCAUUUGCGAGUGAUCUCCAUGCAAAAAGACAGUAAUAUGAAGGAAGUCUUCACUCGUUUCUGCAAAGGACUUACAGAGAUUGAGUCCUCGAUUAAGCAGAAAGGUGAAGCCUUCAUGUGGAAUGAGCACCUUGGCUACAUCCUGACAUGUCCAUCCAACCUGGGCACUGGACUCCGUGCUGGUGUGCAUGUGAAGCUGCCACACAUGAGCAAGCAUCCUGAGUUUGAGGAGGUUCUUCGAAGGUUGAGGCUCCAGAAACGUGGAACUG